AUGGAGAGCAACGGUGCAUCUUCUAUACAGCUGGUAUCUCCUUCGCUCACCAAUGAGCCUACUGAAAUUCAACAAAUCACAGGCAACGAUCCUAAUGAUACUACGCGCAAAAGAGUUCGGGUGGCAUGUGAUAACUGCCGAACUCAUAAGAUCCGAUGUUCAGGAACAUACCCAUGCAGACACUGUGUAGAUUCCAAAAAACCCAAGGAGUGUCAUUAUACAAAGAAACCAAGUAAGAAACAGAAACCAUCCAACGACGCAGGAGCCCAAACAACGAAAAAGACAGAGAGAGCAAAGAGCUCUAAUGUUGGUGCGAUUGUUAAUGGUACUACAGUACUGGAUAACUUUACAGAUAAACGGUUGACUAAACUUGAAGGCUUAAUGAAUAAAUUGCAGAGCACAGUUGAAAUGUUGGUGGAGUCAUCAAUGAGCGCAAAGGCAGUAAAGGAGAAUCCACUAGUCUCACAAAUCCCACUGUCGUCUCAAGUGCCACUAGUGAUAAAUCAAGGAUCAAAGUCACGGAACCGUAACAACAACAACAACAACAACAAUGGUAACAACAGCAACAGUAACAACAACAACCUGCAGCCGGAACUGAGGAAUAAAAGCGUUGAGCCAAACUCAGUUGCUAAUACAUCACUUGGCGAUUCAAAGGCAAAGAAUGUCGAACAUUUCGUUGGUACACAGUCCAUUUGGUGUAUGUUUUCCAAGGAAUCUCUAGAUUGGAUGGAGCAGACUUUGGGCCCUGACGGGAAACAAUAUGUUCGACCAAUAAGAAAUUUACCACUUUUGUUUCAUUCAAAAUGUGCACUGUUUGUGCAGAAAUGGGUCGAUCCUCCAUUAGUGGAUAAGACAGAGAGAAAAACAUUGCUCGAGUCUCCUUUCCCUCUGGACCCUAAAUUUGUGUUUGAUUUGAUUGAUUCUCACUAUAAGGAGUUGAGUUUUGUGAAUAUCAUUAUGGACUCUAAUAGAGUCAAGGAGAUGUUUGAAGCAUAUUACAAAAAAUCGAGGAGCUUCAAACUAUCUGAAUUGUUAAUUAUGACAUCGUCUUUGUUAAUAGCACUGUUGAUCAAAAUGGAAAAGAGACAGCAUUCUCCACUGGAGAAUUUACCAAAGUUGCAAGAGAAAUGGCUCAACAAUUCGAUUUUCUAUUAUCAAAGACUAUGUGUUGUGAAUGAUGGUAUUGAAACCGUGGAAGGGAUCUUGUCAUUAUUAGUUUACCUCGAGUCAAAUUGGGUUACUGGCCAUUUCAACUAUAUUCCAUUGUCUGUUGCAAUUAGAUACGCACAAGAGUUGGGCUUACACCGUUCAGAAUCUCUUUACCAUUUAAGUCCGAAAGAGCAAGAGCGCAGAAGACUCUUGUGGUGGUUUUGUCAAUUUUUUGAUACUGAAAUGUGUUUCAAGACGGGUAAACCACCAGCAAUUAACGUUGAGGAUGUUUCCACAAACGAUGAAAUGGAUAUGCUUAGACUAUGUUUAGACGCUUCUUCUGACACAUCGUCUACUUGUAAAAGAAACGGCGAGAAUGGAGACAAUGGAGACAAUAGAGAGAAUGGCGGAAAUGGCGAAAAUGGCGGAAAUGGCGAAAAUAAUGGAAACGGCGAGAAAGUAAGGUGUGGGUUUGCAGCCAGUGAGAUAUUGUUUGGUGAUGAGUCUGUGCCAUUGAGAUAUAGGCUUCUCCAUAAAAUUAAGGAGUUUGCCGAUGGUCCGCGAUACUAUUGUUUUUUUUCCAUGCUACUUACUAGGAUCAGAGCGAAAUCUUACCAAUUGCUAUUUUCUGCAUCUGCUCAAACCAGAGAUUUUGAGUCCUUGUCGAAGACAUUGGAUGAUUUAAAUAACGAGAUUUUUGAAUUGGCCAUGUGGUCGCCGGAAGAAGAGAGACCGAGGUUUUUUAAUGAUCCACAGUUUAGACUCUUGACUCCUGAUGUGCCUGCGAACAAACGUCAGUUUCUUAUUUCCAAUCUGUUGAUAUUUUUCUCGCAAUUGAUGAUUAUUAAUAGAGUUCCUUUUAUUGUUCGAUCAGAAUAUGUUAAUUACGACAGCAAGAUUGUUGAGUAUCGAAACUUGUCGUUGGAUUCUGCUAGAACUAUGUUGGUGCUUGUUCUGCAAAUUGAUGGUGCUUAUACUCCAUCUUUUUUCAAUUGGAUUUUGUUUUAUGCAGUUAGUGCUUUCUUGAUUUUGGGUGCCUCUAUAUUGAAUCACCCUCAUUCAGCAGAAGCUGGAACAGAUGUUAAUUUAUUGAUUGAUGCAGCCAAAGGGUUUUUCAGUAUAACUCAUGAUGAUUCGAUUUUGUUGAUUGGUAGGUCUGACAUUUCGGUAUCGUUGGUGAUUCAAUUAAUGUUGAAUGUGAUUAUUAAGCUGUACCAAGAUAAAACUAAACAACAAGUGUCGUAUGAUCACCCUAGCAUGUUGAAGACUUUAAAAGAGAGAUUUCCCGAGAUUUUCCAGGAUGUGCAACAUGUGAUUAAGAACAUUGUUGGUGCUUCUCCAUUUAACAAUACUGAAGCUAUUGCAUUAAGUCGACAUUCUAGUUCAGCCGUUUCAUCUGUAAAUUCAUUGAGUCGAAAAAACAGUCCCUAUGCGUUAUCUCCAAGGUAUAAUCCCUCAGUAUCGAAUCUUACUGAUAGUGUUGAUAAUACUCCUGGUGGGCAUAUCAAUGUGCAUAAUGCAGGGUUGAGUCCAGAGUAUGCAAUGAGAAAUGGCAAUGCGUAUCCACAAGGCGGAGUGUAUGGUCUGGGUCUGUCUUCGAAUCCUCAAGUACACACCCCCCAUGAAAAUUAUAAUACUAGUUAUGUUCGUACUGGCCAGACUCCUAUGCGGACCCCAGGAGCAGGAGGUGGAAACAUGGGUAUAGGCGGAGGAGUAGAGACAGGAGUAGGAGUAGAGGCAGGAACAGGAGGCGGAGUUGGUUUAGAUGGAUACGAUUUAUUUGCUCAGACUGGUAAUGAUGGUGUUGUCACCAAUAUCUUGAUGAAUCAAAUGAACAACAUGCCCAAUUUCUUUUUUGACAACAAUAUGGGAAUUUAG